GCCUGGGUCGGAGGCCGCAGUCCGGGAAAGUUUCGCACACCAGUGACAAAGUGAAGCCACUCAGAGGAAUUCACAGUCUCGACGCGUCUGUUUUUUUUCUUUCCUUUUUCCUUUUUCUCUUCCUCCCCCUUACUCACUCUCUCUGUCUGUCUCACUCUCUCUCUGUGUCUCUCUCGCCCUCCCUCUCUCUCUCUCUCUCUCUCUCUCUUUUCUUCUUGCUGCAUGUCAUCUGGAGCGGAGAGCCGCUUCCUCCGUCUGCUUCGCGCUCGUCAGCGACGUUCCGCCCCAGACGCCGUGGACUCCUGACCUCGGGACCGGGGGGGAAAGGGGUGCGAGGAGCGUGCGCUCGGGGGAAGGGCAGGGACCCCGCUGGCUCCCCUUCUGGGUAGGCGAAACGCUCAGAUAACUGUUUUGGGACAGUUGCGGAGGGGAGAGGGGGAGAGAGAGAUCUGGCUGUGGGACAUCUGCAGAGGAAGCUAAGCGAUCAGCUGAUCUGUUGUCGAGGGGUGUUCCCUGCCCUUAUAAGGAGAAGGGACGGUGAAAUCAUUUAGUUUUGACCCGUUUCUGAGGCGCGCGGCGCUGCUCCUUUUUUCGGCGCACGCUUCCCGCCACGGUCUCCGGAGCCGGCCGCGUGGAGAGAGGCGUUCCGCCUCGGUCUCGGCUCGCGCCUUUUUUAAAAUAAUCCUCCGUGUUUUCUUUGGGCACAAGGGCCCUUUUUGUUUGGUGGGGGGACAACAGGAACUUUUGUUGCCGUGGCGAGAGGGCGCCGGGGGAUCGGGACCAGGCCGCGUCCCGGCCGCUCGCUCUGUCUCCUUCGCCGCGGGCUCCCUCGCGGGAACAUCUGGAAUGCCGCGCGGUCCUCGCAGGGCCUGAACGCACCCCGCGGGCCGCGGACCCACGCCGGAGGGAGGGAGGGAGGGAGGCGUGCUCGGCGCUCGGAAUGGAGCGUGACCCGCUCGCCGUCUGACCUGCCCGCGAGCGCCAUGGCAGGCGUGGCUGAAGAGCCCACGCCGCGCCGGUGAAGAGCUGCGGCCGGCGUUGACAGGUGUCAGCGUUAAGGAUUAAACCCCCCCCCACGCCUCUCUCUCUCUCUCGACCCUGCCCGCCUCCCAGGACUGACCUGAACAUCUGGAGGUGCCAUGAAACAGGUCUCCACAGCAACCCCCCUACGCCUGCUCUGCCCCGACCACGUUUCCUUCACGUCUCCUGCCGACUGGACUACGUCGUUUCCCGGAAUCCCCCCUUGUCCGGCUCCACGAUCCUCUCCCCCGUCUUCCUCCUCCCCCGCCUCGGAGGUGCCCCCCCUCGCUCCAGGCAGGGCGUCGCCAUGGCGACGGCCGCCUGGUAUCACCGGGACAUCAGCCGCGUGUGCGCGGAGGACCUGCUGGCCCGCGCGGGGAGGGACGGGAGCUUCCUGGUGAGGGACAGCGAGUCUGUGCCCGGAGCCUAUGCCCUCUGUCUCCUGUUCCAGCGGCAUGUUCACACUUACCGCAUUCUCCCGGACCCAGAGGGCCUGCUGGCGGUCCAGACAUCCCAGGGGGUACAAACCAACUGUUUCCGCACACUUGGGGACCUGGUGUUGGGGUACCAGCAGCCACACAAGGGGCUGGUCACACCCCUGCUUUACCCUGUGGGACGGGAGACUGAACCCGGGGACGAGAGCUCAGAUGAUGAGAAGCCUGGUGUGACGUGGACGUCUGGUCCCGGCCCACCCCCAGCCAACACGGUGCCCCCCCAAGGAACUUCUGUGACCCCCGGCCUCCAUCUACUCCUCCUCCAGAGGCUGCAGGAGAUCACUGUACCCAGCAUGGCCAAUGAGCUGGUAGGACUGCUGAGCGAAUACCUGCGCAGUGAGCUUCCCCAGGACCUGGAGGGCCUGCGCAAAGGAGGGACGGGACUGCGCAACCUGCAGCGCACUCUGGGCACUGCCUGCGAGAGUCUGCACAGUGAGAUUGACCUGACCUUGUCCAGCCUGGAGACUCUGGCCAAAGUGUUUGACCAUCCUGCCUGUCCCUUGACCAGUCUUAAGACGCAGAGCAUGGGGAAGGGGACGGAGGUGGAUAUGGAGAGUCUGGUGUGUAAGAUCUCAGCCCUGUGUAGCCUGCUGUCCUCCCUGGAGAAGAGGGUGCUGAAGGCUCUGCAGGACGCUGUGGCCAAUCACAAUCUGGCAGCACAGCCGGCUCCGCCCCCUGAGCCCACCCCUGCAGUGAAGACUUCUGCGAGGCCCGUGCCUGUCCAUUCCUUUCAGGUGAAGAUUGUCCAUUAUGGCAGACAGACCGUGUCAGUGGAUGUUGACAACGGAGUUUUGCUGUUUGACAAAAAAUCUGGGGCUUUCGGUGUGGAAACUCUGUCACAAGACAGGAUUCUACAGCUGGUGAAGUUUCAGAGCAGUCCAGCAAGGCUGCGAAUGAUUGUGGACAGUCACAGAAACGUCCCACGGGAGCUGCUGUUCGAGAGCACGCGGAAGCGGGACGCCUUCUGCCUGCUGCUCCAGCUAAUGAAGACCCGGCACUCCAAGCUGAGCGAACCGGAUCUCAUCUCCGUAUUCGUGGGCAGCUGGAACAUGGGUGGAUCCCCGCCACCCCGCAGCCUGCAGUCCUGGGUGACCUGCCAGGGCCUCGGCCGCGUCCUGGACGAAACAGUGGCGGCGCUCCCGCACGACGUGUACGCCCUGGGCACUCAGGAGAGCACGCAGGGGGAGAGGGAGUGGGCGGAGCAAAUCAAGGCCACGCUCCGCAGCGUCACGCACAUCGACUUCAAACUGGUGGCGCUCCAGUCACUGUGGAACAUCAGGCUGGCUGUGUUUGUGAAGCCGGAGCACGAGAGCCGUAUCAGCCAUGUGAACGUGGCGAACGUCAAGACUGGCCUGGCGAACACUCUGGGAAACAAGGGGGCUGUGGGGGUCUCUUUCCUGUUCAAUGGUACCUCUUUCGGCUUUGUCAACUGCCAUCUGACCUCUGGCAGUGAGAAAAUUCUCAGGCGGAACCAGAACUUCCAGGACAUCCUGCGGCUGCUUUCCCUGGGAGACAGGCAGCUGAGCGCCUUCGACAUCAGCCUGCGCUUCACCCACCUCUUCUGGUGCGGAGAUCUCAACUACAGGCUGGACCUGGACGUGCAGGACAUUCUGAGACAUGUCUCCAAGAGGGAGUUCAGUGACCUGAUGUGCGCGGACCAGCUGACCCGCGAGCGCCACAAGAGGAAGGCCUUCCUUAACUUCAAUGAAGAGCAGAUCUUGUUUCCACCAACCUAUCGCUACGAGCGAGGUUCCAGAGACUGCUACCUCUGGCAGAAGUACAAAACCACAGGGGUGAGGGUGAAUGUGCCGUCGUGGUGUGACCGCGUGCUGUGGAAGUCCUACCCACAGACCCACAUCCACUGCACCUCUUACGGCUGCACUGAUGACAUCAUAACCAGUGACCACUCACCUGUCUUUGCAACAUUCCAAGUUGGGGUGACAUCACAGUUUAUUUCCAAGACAGACCCAGGGUCGAGCGCGGAGAAGGCCUGGAUCGAGUUGGAGGGCAUUGAGGCGAUUGUGAAGACAUCCAGCAAAGCCAAGUUCUUCAUUGAGUUUCACUCAUACUGCUUUGAAGAGUUCCGGCGUUCCAGUGAGAAUGACUCACAAAGCUGUGAGGUGCCAGGGUUCCUGAAGCUGGGCUGGUCCUCCAAGCAGAUGCCGAAGCUCAUCCCCAUCGUCUCAGACUUGGAGUGUCUACAGGACCAGCACCUGCUGUUGUCCAUCAAGUCAUGUGACGGGUUUGAGUCAUAUGGGGAGUGCUGUGUAGCGCUGCGCUCUCUCAUUGGCAACGCGGCGGAGCAGUUUGAGACGUUCCUGACUCACCGCGGGGAGGAGAUGGGCUCCAUCCGGGGCCGUGUGCGGGUGCACGUGCCCAGGGAUCGCCGCCGCACCCGGGAGAAGACCUACGAAUGGUUUUGCUUCGAAAAAGAAGAGAAGGCCUCUGUGAAAGCCCAUUUGUCACCCCCGACGACACGAGCACCCACUGCACGUGUCGCAGUGGCUCCGCCUCCUACAUCAGCUCCCAGCAGCUACACCAACCCUGCCUACUUCAUUUUCGAGGGCGUGCCUGUCCUGCGCAGGGCACAGGAGGCCCCAGCCCCUCGGCGGGACCCCUCGGUGGUCUGGGCCAAGGACUCUGUCCUGCAGCUGCCCCGGCUGUUGGGCCGGGGUCAGGACGCCAAGGCCCCCCGCCGGUCCGACUUCACGGAGAUCGAGAUCCCGGGGUGCCUCCCCCAGUUUCACUCUUCCAAUGAGCGCCAUCCCCACCCUCAACCUCAACCCCAGCCCGGAUCCUCCUACCAGCUCUUUCCAGCUCAGGACAAACCCCCCAUGAUCCACUCCCCAGGGGGGUCCCCAAACAGCAGCCUCCAGUCCAGGGAGCGGGCCCCCUGCAGGGAUGCCCACAGAGACCAGAGGAGCGUGUACCAGAACCCCCCUGUCCUCGCCCGUGAGACUGCCCGGUUGUACAAGGAGACCUCCAGGAAGGACCGUCCCAGAAUACACCAAGACCGGCCCCUCUCUGUCCGCAAGGGACCCCCCCUCUACCCCUACGUGUCCACCAGGGUGCCCCAUUGCGAGCCAGUGAACCCCUGGCUGCUGGAGCCAUCGCAGGUGGGACCUCCAGGGGACAACUCCCUCACCGCCCUGCAAAUUGCCAAGUCCCUCAGUGAGGUGGACUUCCUGCCUGUGGACAGGAAAUUAUCCGGCCGCCAGAAUGUGAUUAGCCGACAGAGAGACCUGGGGUAUGAUCUGGCUGUCACAACGGAGAGGGCUUACUGCUGGGAGAAAGAGGUGUCGGUACUGCACGGGGCCCCAGAGACAGUGCGAGAGCUCCUAUGCACCCUGGGUCUGCAGCGCUACACUCUGGGGCUCAGCCUCAGCGGCUGGGACGACCUGGAUUACUUCAGUGGGAUCACUGAAGAAGACCUCCAGGCAGCUGGAGUGACCAACCCUUCUCACCGCAGGAGGAUUCUGGAGAACCUGCCCAGGAUUUGGGAUUGAAGAGGGGGGGGGGGGGGGUGGUCCCAGGACAAGCCAAGACAGCAACGGGGUCCACACAGUGUCCUGCUGCAGCAUCUGUGCCUUCCUGGAGUCUUUCAACCCAGGACAGCAGGGUCAGGAUGGACCAAGCAGGAACCUUGCACAGAAGUUCUCAUUACAUGUGAGACUGAUCUGAGGAAACUGGCACCACUGACACAGACCUGAGAAUAUCCACUGAGAACUCCUCUCAGUCCUGUGUUUGGGGGAAGGGUGUGUUGCAUUCUUUUUUGUAGUAAAUCUCAAUUUGAGUUGAUAGUUUCUUACCUGUGCUACCUUUUUUAACCAAUGUAAAACAAACCCUUGGUAGUCUGAUAAUCACAAAAAUUGCUGACAUUAAAAUCAAAAGUGGGGUAGCCAACCCACCCUUUACCAUGAUACUGACUGAGAUGUUUAUCAGUCUGAGAACACAUAAGAUAUUCAGUGAAAGUAAAAAAAAUUUUUGUAUGGUGUGUCGGGAAACGUUGUGGUUUUUCCACAAAAAACAGUCAAGUGUUUUUCUAUUUACACAACCUCCAAUGACUCAUUCAUCUCAACCACACUAUUCUGUGAAAGACAUCAGGUGCAAUUUGAAUUCAGCAGAAGUUCCUGUUUAGUGAAGAUACAGAUGCUCAACCUAUUACUGGUCUGUGUGCUCAUUUGUUUUCACAUCUUUUGAAAGAGCUGAGAUAGCCCUCAGGAUCUAACACACAAGUAAACAUGUUCUAUUGUACAAUUUAAUAUUGCCUUUAAAGUUUAUCUUAUGCCUGAUUCCGAGUUAUAUGAUAAGCAGGCACAUGAGUCUUAUGACUGUUUCUGACAGACUAUGACAAUUUUUUUAUGACUAUCAGAUAGCACACAAACCCACACACACACACACACGGUCAGUGGAAUCGAAAGUGAAAAAAAACUGACCUCUGUUGAGUUCCUCAACUUCCCACUCUGAAUGAGCUUCCUGUAUUUGGUUUCACUCAACACCACUGCCUUUGGAGGGGCCAAACAAAAUUUGACCUUUUUUGCUUUGUUGCCAGUGCCUCCUUUCUCUAGACCUCACUUCCAUCUUUAACACUGAUUAAGAAAUCAACAUUACUCAGGCUAUCUCUGUCCUAAGCCACUCCUUAUUUACACAGGCUCCUUGGCAUGAAUUAUGGUUGCAACUCAUCCUGGAAUUAUUUCCUUUGUUGUUGUUUAUUUCCAAUUUUUCUCCUCAGUUUUUUUUUUUUUUUUUCUUGAGUGCCUUAUUGAAAAUAUAGGCCCAAACCCAUUGCUGCAGCUUUGGAACAGCGUGAACUGCUGCAGUUAUUGUGCCGGAGGACUGCAUCCCAGACACGAGAGGUGACCUGCCUGAUGACACCCUCCCUCCCUUGAUGACAUUGUGGUCAACUGUUCGUUGCCCGGCAAGAUUGCCAGAUCUGGAUGGUAACUGGCUCAGUCCAGACGUCGCUCUGUAGCGAAAGUGAAAUUCAGUUAUUUGCUCAGGGAGCUUCCUUGACUUCCUCCUUGACAUGUUUUCACAGCACUGGAGUAAGUGCUGUGUACUUUCAUUAUGACCUCUCAAAUGUAGGAAAUUGCCCAUGAGUCCUCACAAAUAUGCAUGGUGGUGUUUGAAAUUUUUGGGAAACAAUCUACUUUCAAAUCAAUCGCUUUGGGUGAUUUGAGUUUUUCAAAUACGUAAGCCUGAAUAGUCUUGCUUUACCCAUGGACUUACAGGCACAGCCCUGCCAUUGUGACCAAACCGAAAAGGACCAGGGAUUAAAUAAAGAUGCUUAUCUGUGAUCCAAA